AUGAGUCUCACGUCUCAAUCUUUCGUGCAAGACGACCUACCCGAAGCGUUAGCCCCCGACCCUCAAAACAAAAAAGAUUUCAAGGUAGCAGACAACUGUUUUGCCUUCUCACCAGGCCAAUUAAACAAACUUUAUAACUCUAAAUCUCUCCCUGCACUUUAUACUAUUGGUGAACUCCACGGUCUCGAGUAUAGCCUGCGCACCAAUCUCGACGCUGGGCUGUCAGCUGGCGAGUCAAUCCUUCCCGGGGCUGUUAUACUAGAAAAGACAAGACAGGCUGCAUUGUUCAAGCUGUUAUCUUGUUAUUACUGGCAAAAUAUAAAGCUGCCAAAAGUCGAUUGUCAAGUAAGAGUAGUCCACUCCGGAAGGUUGAGGAUGGUCCAUAUCAACGACAUGGUCGUUGGCGAUGUUGUCUAUAUUGGGCCAGGCGAUUGUGCCCCCGCCGAUGGGGUGGUAAUAGUGAACCAUGGGCUGGAAUAUGACGAGUCCAUAGCGACCAGUGAAUUAGAUCAGAUCGAAAAAGUCACUGGUGAGAAGGCUACUGCUAAUAAGAAUCCUUUCACUAUAUCGGGAAGCAAAGUCCUCGAAGGCUUGGGCACAUAUCUGGUGACCAAUGUGGGCCUGUACUCGAUGUACGGCCGGAUAAUAGUGUCUCUGGGAACCGAGAGUGCGCCAACCCCACUAUGA